CCAGCUAUAGUUAUACCAGCUAUAGUUAUUGCAUGAGGAAAACCAAACAAACCUAACUGUUUUCUUUUGUUAUCUGGAAAAAAUGGUGAAACAGACGAUACAGAUAUUUGGUCGUAUUAAACCCACUAAGAAAACUACGACGGUGUACUCUGUGGACAAUGAGGAGCAGACAGGUGCUUCUCUGGAGUUUGUGGUGCCCAGAGACCUGGCUGAUGGCUUUGUUAACAACAAGAGGGAGUGCUACAAGUUCAGGUUCCAAAAGGUGUUUGAUCAAGCAGUCAAACAAGAAGAGAUAUUUGAAAACAUUGCCAAACCAGUUGCAGACAGUGUUUUGGCCGGCUAUAAUGGCACCAUAUUUGCCUACGGCCAGACGGGCAGUGGGAAGACCUUUACCGUCACAGGAGGGGCCGAGCGCUACAGCGAUCGUGGCAUUAUUCCCCGCACCCUUUCCUACCUGUUUGAACGCUUCAGCCAGGAUAGCAGUAUGGUUUACAACACACACAUCUCUUACCUGGAGAUCUACAAUGAGAUGGGAUAUGACCUUCUGGAUUCCCGGCAUGAAGCGUCUCGACUGGAAGACUUACCAAAAGUAAUGAUCAUGGAGGAUCCAGACCAGAACAUCCAUCUCAGGAACCUGUCGCUGCAGCCGUCAGCAAAUGAGGAGGAGGCUCUGAACCUGCUCUUCCUGGGUGACACCAAUCGUAUGAUUGCAGAAACUCCAAUGAACCAAGCAUCCACCCGUUCCCACUGCGUUUUCACUGUGCACCUUUGCAGGCGAGAGCCAGGCUCGGCCACCCUGCGACGCUCCAAGCUCCACCUGGUGGACCUGGCUGGAUCAGAUAGAGUUAGCAAGACUGGCCUGAAUGGGCAGCUGCUCACUGAGGCCAAGUACAUCAACCUCUCCCUCCACUACUUGGAGCAGGUGAUCAUAGCUUUGUCAGAGAAGAACCGCUCCCAUAUUCCCUACAGGAACUCCAUGUUGACCUCAGUGCUGAGGGACAGCCUUGGGGGCAACUGCAUGACUACAAUGAUUGCCACUAUGGCAGUUGACAAGAGGAACCUUGAUGAGUCCAUCUCCACGUGCCGCUUCGCUCAGCGCGUGGCUCUCAUCAAGAACGAGGCGAUACUGAACGAAGAACUGGAUCCUGCCCUGCUAAUAGCACGCUUAAAGAGGGAGAUCCAGUCUCUGAAGGAAGAGCUGGCCAUGCUGACAGGAGAACAGAGAGAUGACCAGCUAACUGUGGAGGAGGUCAAGAAGUUGGAAGAGUUAGUCAAGACCUUUCUGGAUGACCCUGAUCCAGACGUGACACUGUCAUUGGGACCAGACAUGAGAAAAAUCCAGUACUGUUUCUCCCUACUGAAGAUGAUGAUCAUGGACAAGCAUGGAGGAGGAAAUGGGCGCAGUGAUGGGUCACCAGCAGAAACAGUGAGGGAGGAAGUCAUUCAAGACAGCCACCACAGUGCAGCAGAGGUAACCAAACUAAAGACGAUGCUGAAGCAGCGUGAUAAUGAAAUCAGUAUCCUAGUUAAGAUGUUGAAGAAGGAGAAGAAAUGGGCCCAGGAUGCCGGAUACCGAAGCACAGACACCAUCUCUGCAGACUGUGGAGGACGAGCUAUACAGUACAUGAAAAGAGGUGUAAUGGGGAAUCACACAGAGGCCGCAGAAGAGGUUGACCCAGUGGAAGAAAACCUGUGCAAAGACAUUGAGCAAGAAAAAAAGGCUUACAAGAGCACUAUUGGCCGCCUGAAAGCAUUAAGGACGGAGAUUGAGCACCUGCAGCUGUUGUUGGAGAGGGCAAAGGUCAAGCUCCAGAAGGACUUCCAAAAGUGGUGGAGCCAGGAGGAGGCUUCCAGUGUGCAGGAAUCUGAGUCAGAGGCAGCAACCAGAUGUCGCACAGUGUCUCCAAGUGGAACCUUGCAGCCAUCUUCACCUGGCACUCCAGGAUUUGGGGCACCUGGUCUGAGCAGUACUGUGAGAGACCCUCCAGUAGGCCCAGACCCAAAUCUGAACUCUUCCACCUUCUCCGUUCAAGAUCUCAGAAGCUUCCUCCCCAAAAGUAUGCCUCCCUUAACAGCUGUAACAGCAUGGCAUGAUGAGUCCCUGGAUAGGAGGGCGACUGACUUUGCUCCUUCAUCUGAGUGGAGGGCCCUGUCCACCACAAAGCUCUCAUCCUCCUCUAUUCCCCUGACUGGAGACCAGCAGGCUGAUGCUGACAUCCAGGCCUUUGUCAGAGCCAGGCAAAACCUCCUUAACAGGACAGGUCCACCUCAGUAACAACACGAAGUUCUGAUGAAGCAUGCAUGGCCUGAAGAUAUCGUCAUCUGUCAGGUGAUAGAAUGAUCCUAAAAACAUUAGGGAGAACAAAUGGACUGACAGCAAAGAUGUGUGAAGACAGUUAUCUCAUCUGGUUCCAAAACACACUAUAUUUCUCAUAAAUGUCCCCUCUGCUAAACACAAGCCACACAUCCUGUCUGAUUUUUACCUGCACACACACACACACACACACACACACUUAUUAUGCCAGUGAUAUAAUGGGCAGUGGUGUAAAUCACAGCCCGCACUGGCUAUUUGAUCUGAACAAAUGUUGUCUCAAGAUAUCAGAGGAAGGAGCGCACAAUAGGAAACCAGUCGGCUCCAGUAUGUGUUUGACUUGAAUGUGUCAUGAAUUCUUAAAUGAUUACAGGAAGUGUCGACCGGCACAAUGACAGAUGCAUUUCGUAUUUCUGUCUGGUGUCAUUUUAUUCUAACUUUAACACAUUUUAUGUAAAAUGUUGUAAAAACAUGUUAUAUAUGUACAGUACAA